AUGUUCAAUCGUUCUUCUUCUGAUGUAAAUAUUUCAUAAAUUAUCAGAUUAAUCAAUGAAAUAAAGUAAAGCAUAUACAAAGUAAUUUAUUUAAUGAUGAAAUGGGAAGAAGAAUCCCUGUAUGUAGCCAUCCUUUUUUCAAUAAUGCAAUUGCUAUAGAUCACUUAUUUGGCUUUCGGCCCUAAGAUUUUGUAUGUUUGGAACAAUGAAAAAGCAGCAAUGAAUCUAAGGAGUAUUUUCUCCUAUUUCAUAAUAAGUUCUCACUUGAUAGGACAAGAAUUUAAGCUUUACUUAACCAUAUUCUACCUCUUCUUCGGGUUAGUGCUUUUAGCAAUAGUGCUAUUUGUCGUCUUCGCAUUCGCUUUUAAGGUCCCUGUACUGCCCUUGUUACUAUUAAAAUUCUUGUUGAAGCUAUUUCUAACUAUAGGGUUUCUUCCAAUUAUGCUAUUGUUUUUUGGACUUCUGUCUUGUAAAGUGAAUAGUGAAGGAGCGAAUAUUUGGUUCUAUAAUACAGACAUAGAAUGCUGGGGAAAUGAACACUACAUCCAUGGUAUUUUUGCAAUCGUCGCCAUCCUUAUCUUUCAGAUUCUGACCAGUUCUACCUGCUUGAUUUACUUUGAGAGUAAGUAUGCUUACGGGAAUGCAUAUGCAUAAAGAUCUGGAAGACCGUAUUCUUAUUACCACAUCAAUGUUUUCAUCAUCAUAAUGUCAUACCAAUUACUUGAAUUACCGAGAUUUAGUUCGUUAUUCCUGACUAUCUACAUUCUAUCAAGCUUUUUUCUAUUUUAUUAAAUCCAUACAGAAAAGCCAUUCUACAAUAAGGUAAUUCAAAAAUUAUGGUCAAUAAUUACUGCUUUGAAUUUUUGGACCUCUAUUAUGCUAUUAUUUGCUUAUCUUUUGGAAGGCCAAUACUUUAGAGAUGUCAUUUGGGGAUGGGUAGGUGGUGUACCACUAAUUACGUUGAUUAUAAUCAAUGAACAAAUUUUUGAAGUUGAUCUAUUGGGUUCAAAUAUCAAUAGAGCAAUAUCUGGAUAGUAGAUAAUUAUUCUCUGCGAAUAUUUGCUAUCCUUAUUGGAUAAGAAUGAUCAGCAUUCGUUAUUAAUGUUAGAUGGGUUUAUUGAAAUCCACAAGCAAACAUGUUAUAGGAAUGAUUGUGUGUUGAAAUCUAAAAAGAUUCUAAAUGACAAGAAUAAGCAUGUUUCUCUUUAGGAUAUGGAAAGAUAUACUGUAUUUAUAGAAUUAAUUAGUUAAAUGUACUAUGAUGGCAUUAAACAGUUCCCAUAGGAUGUAUUUUUAAGAUUAAAUUAUUCAUAUUUUUUAAUUGAUAGACUAAAAUUAAAAUAAUAGGCCUUGACUGAAUUACAAUAGGCGGAAUAAAGUGGUGCAAGUUUUGAUCAUGAAUUCAUCAUCUAUCGAUAUAAGCGAAUUCUGGAGGAUGAUUUGCAAGAACAGCAACAGGAGAAUUUGAAUUAAGUUGAUUUAGUCACUGAGAUUGCAUUUCAAAAUCAGAGCAAAUAAUUGAUUCAACAAAUAGAGAAGACAUCUCUUGUAUAUGUUGACUUCUGGGCUCAAUUACAAGAAGAAAUCCCUGAUAUUGGCAGAAUCAAAGUUUUGGGAUUUAAAAUACUGGAUUCAGUAAAUUAAGUUGAAGAAUAAUGGAACAGAUUAAAGAGAUUGAAUCAGAAGGCUUCAAAGUUGAAUCGUUUGAUGGGGAAAUACUAUUCCCAAGUAUUAAAUGAUGAAGAAAUUGGGAUUAAGUUGAUUCAAUUAAGUAGGAUGAAUUAGAACGAUAAGUUUAAGGCUAUUGAUUUGGAAGAAAUCCAAAAUGAGUGUCUAGCCACAAUCACUAUUUUGACUGAUGUUGAUAAAAUGGGAACGAUUAGCAAUCUUAAUAAGGCAGCAUGUAGUUUAAUUGGAUAUGCUAAGACUGAUUUAGUUAAUAGGAAAUUGAAUUUGAUUUAACCUGAUCUAUUCUCAAAGUACCAUGAUCAUUUUCUUGAGAAUUUUCUAGAUAAAUAUUAGGACAGCUAUUCUAAUUAAUAGGUUAAAGAAAAAUCAAUUUAUGUAAAAAAUAAGCAAGGGUACAUAAUACCUUGUUAGUUGCAUAUAAGAAUGAUAUAAACCAUUAAUGCAGGUGUUUUUAUGUGUGGGACAAUCAAAUAGGAUAUCUACCAUAAACCCAUGAGUAUAUUUUUAUGCUAAACCAACGGAAUUAUAGAAAAUAUCAACUCUACUUGCAUUAGGAUGUUUGGAUUGGAAUUGAAAUCGAUCACAAUCAAGCCAAUCAACAUAUUGGAUAUCUUUCCAGAUAUAUUGGAACGCAAGGAUGAAUUGCUAUAAAAGGCAGGAGGGAUUGUAAGUUAUACAUUUAGAACACGAUCUUCAAAGAAUGAUGUAUCUCAUAAUUCCUUAUAAGAUUUGGAUAUAGAGCAUUCAGAAGUAUUUGAAAACUAAAGUAAAUAAUAAAUAUAGUAUUAAUGCUUUUUACAAGAAAUUAAAUUUCAAUGCAUAGAAGAUGAAAUCAUUUAAAACAAAUUAUAAGGGUAUAUUAUCAAGUUUGAGAAACUGAAAUCACAAGAGAAAAUCUAAUUGUAUGCUCAAAAUAAGCCAAUUUAAAAUUAGACUUAAUUCAAAUUCAAUUGCCAAUCUUUAACCUAUGUGCUAGACUGCGCAAGUGGAGUAGAUUCUUAGGAUGUUACAGUGAAAGUGGAUUAAAGCAUAUUUUGGGAGGAUCAAACAAAAAUAUCUUAAUAAAUAACAAAUGAUCCUUAGGUUUAAGGUAGUGAUAGUUAAAAGAAUUAUGCAGAAGGAAUCAAGAUUGUAAGAUUAAUUGGAGAUCGUAUCGUUGAAAUAGAAGAAUCAAAGUCAGAGGAAUAUGAAGAUGAGAAUAUGCAGAGUCUGAUUGAGUAGAAUGAAAACCACGAUCAAGAUUAGAAGAAUGAGAAAGAAACAGUAAAUUUAUACAGAUCAAAAGGUCAGUUAGAUCAACUGUUAUCUCAAUCGAAACUGCCUAGAACUGCAAUCAAUUUAAUAAUAUUCACAAAUAUAAUGAAUACAGUUUUAUUGUUGCUAGCCUUCUUGGAAUAUUUCAUAAACCUUGAUUAAUACUAAAAUCUAAUAGACUCUAUACCUUUGGUCUCAUACAACAACCAGAGAUCAAGUACUUUAAUGAGCAUUUAAUCAAUCGUUUAGGAUCUGAAAGCUAUAAAUUAUGACUAAUACCCUUUGUUGAAAGACCCACAGUCUGGGUAUCUUAAUGUUGAAAAGCAAUUUAGAGGAUGGUUUGAUAAAGAAUUAUAAUAGUUGAUGAUGGUAUAGAAGGAAUUGACUUUGGUUUCAGCUGAGAUCAAUGAAAAUUAUUUAGAGUUUGAUGAUCAAUACUAUAUGUAGAAUAUUAAAAUGGCAUCUUUAGAAGGAGGGACUUAAAAUUACACUUUUAAUGAAGCAGUCUAAUCUGUAAUAGCUAAGGCUAUGUAAAUCAAUAGUAGUUCUCUUGAAGAGAUCAGUGAUCAGAAUAGUGAUGUUUAUUAUAUAGAGUACAAUGUUUUCAAUUCUUUAACUUAAAAUUUAAUUAUUCCGGCUCAAUAUUAUAGAUACAACAUAAUAUCAAGAGGUGAAAUCUUAGAUACGUCAGCGACUGCCCUAUUAACAGCAGCAUGCAUCGUUUUAUUUAUAUUGAUAUGUUCAAAUUUGAUGUUCAUAAUCAAGAUCGAAGUAGUCAAUUAAGCUGCCUUGCAACUAUUUUUGGAUUUAGAUUAGAAAAAGAUCAAAUCCAUUUAUAUUAAAUGCGAGAAUUUCAUCACAAGUCUUCAAGUAGGAGACGAAGAUGAUGAUGAUUUCUUCUCGGACAAUGAUGAGAAUGAAGAGGAAAAUGAAAAUAAAGAAAAAGAUGAUGGGGCUCACUUACUAAAUGGAAGGAAAAAGAAGAAGAAGUUUAGAAACUCCAAUCAAUAUUAUAAGCAUCUAAUUUUAGCUUUGCUUAUUAACAUAUUAAUUAUGAGCGCUUAUUUUACUUACUAAUUUGUUUCAGUUCAGUCUGAAACUUCCAGCAUCAUAGAUUUGAUACCAGUUUUUAAUUAGACUUCCUUUGCUGAAUGCUAUUACAGAUUCUCAGAUAAUGCCCUCAGAAAAUCAUUCGAAGUAGAGUAAUAUACUUUUGUUGGCAACUCUUCAAUGCAUGUUCUGAACUGGUUGAUUUCUGAAUUGUAUAAUUUGGAUGCAGCCAUCCAUUAAAUUCAUUCCACCAAUUCAGACAUUCUGGAUUCGGAAUACUUAGAUGUGUUUAAUAAUAUUUUUAUCUUAACUCCUUGUGAUUACAUUGUUCAAAUUGAUCAUGAAAUAGAUUACGAAACUUGUUAAAAUUUUAAUGACGGGGUCUUGCAACAAGGUCUGUCUAUUGGAAUGGCAAAGUUUUUUGAAAAUUUUAGACAACUCUUGAAUUCCUAUAGUUCCUUUAAUUAAUCCAAUGAUUAUGAUCUAACUUUUUAGAUUUCUGAAAAUAAGAGACUCAAUUACAUGAUGAAUUUAGCCAAUACUGAUUAGGCUCAUAAUAUGAGAUUGAUGCAGUUAAGGUACAUUAAGGCUGCUUACGAGUAUAUAAAUUAGGCAUUAAUUUAAUCUGUGUAAAAAAAUGCCAACAACAGUAAAAACUUGAAAGUGGCACUAUUUAUUAGUUUCAAUAUAUUUCUCUUCUUUAUAUACUUUUUUAUUUGGAUUCCACUUAUAUUUCGUAUAUUAAGUGACAUGCUUAAAAGUCGAUAAACCCUAACAAUAAUACCAUUACAAGUAAUUCAUCGAACUGCUUCAAUAAGACAAUACAUAAGGAAAAUUAUUAAUCAUUGA